AUGGCUCUCAAACAAGAGUUCAGGAGGGAAGAUGUGAUCAUUUUAAAGUUCAGGGGUCAAACUGAGUUUCCUCCUCUUCGCAGGAGAUCAUGGCUCCGAAGGUCAUCAGAGGGUGAGGACACUGACGUGGUUUUGGGAUUGAUUAUAGCUAAUGCUGCUGUGUUUUUGUUAUGGAAGAUUGCGGAUACUGGCUUCAUGAAUGCAUUAAUCAAUGUCAGAAGUGGACGUCUUCACACAUUGAUAACUUCUGCCUUCAGUCAUAUCGGCACUGAUCAUUUCAUUCAUAACAUGAUUGGGCUAUAUGUUUUUGGGGCGCAUAUUGAAAGAAUUUUUGGGCCUCAAUUUUUGCUGGGAUUGUAUCUAGCUGGGGCUCUUGGUGGCUCGGUCUUUUUCUUGGUGCACAAAACCUACCUGGCUGUGCCAUCGAUGGGCCGGCGAGAGGAGAACAAAGACCCAAACAAGCUGGGACUGGGCGCAGGCGGGGCCGUUAAUGCUAUCAUUUUGCUUGACAUAUUCCUCUUCCCAAAAUCCAUCUCUACUCCGGGAUUCUCAAAACAGUUGUUCCUGGGGAUCUUUCUAAUUGGGAAAGAUAUCUUGAGGAUAAUACUGGGAGACGAACAAAUCUCAGGGGCUACACAAUUGGGAGGUGCUGCAGUUGCAGCCAUUGCCGGGACACGACUUCGAAAGGGGCGAUUCUAA